AUGGCGAGGAUCACAAUAUUUACCCGUAGCCACGAAGAGGUGAGCAUGCACAUUCUCUCCUUCCCCAAGAAGGCCUGGUGCGUCACGCAAAGACACCCACAGGCGCUUGCCUUCUUGCGCCCAGGAGGAGCGUCAGCUAGGUUUCCUUGGUGAAGGGGAGUUUUCCACCCACAGCAGCGACUGACAAGAGGAGGCCUUGCACAAGCGCGACAUCGCAAAGGCAUGACUCACGUGGGGGUUGCCGGUUAAGGAGGGAGCCCUCCUUCUCCUCUCUCUGAACUCUGGAAGACAAAAACCUCUGAACUGCGCAUCGCCGCUUUCAAGUGCUUUGCAGCGGGGAAGCUCAGCUGUCAGUGGCUGUCAGAGGAUGGUCUUCUCCUCUUGAGUAACGUGCCGCCGAUUCUUCAUGUCACUGAGAUGCAACAUGCAAGGCAACACAAUGACCAAAUACAACGAUAUGAUAUCAAUAUAGACUCUUGAUAUAAUACAAAAUAUAAGAAAUCACCUAAACAGAAAACUUGGGGAUCUCUGAAAGUCACAAAAUAUGCACUCUUAAUGGAUUCUCUUGAAAACAUAAAAUACAGCCAUACCUCAUGUUACAUUUGCUCUGAAAGGGAAGCGGUAGGGCAGAGCAGGGCAAGCUCCUUUGGGGCAGAGCGACCAGGGAAAUAGGGUCCAGGUAAGGCCCUAUUUGACGUGGGUGGCGCUGUGGGUAAAACCUCAGCGCCUAGGACUUGCCGAUCGCAUGGUCGGCGGUUCGAAUCCCCGCGGCGGGGUGCGCUCCCGUCGCUCGGUCCCAGCGCCUGCCAACCUAGCAGUUCGAAAGCACCUCAAAGUGCAAGUAGAUAAAUAGGGACCGCUUACCAGCGGGAAGGUAAACGGCGUUCCGUGUGCUGCGCUGGCUCGCCAGAUGCAGCUUGUCACGCUGGCCACGUGACCCGGAAGUGUCUGCGGACAGCGCUGGCUCCUGGCCUAUAGAGUGAGAUGAGCGCACAACCCUAGAGUCUGGCAAGACUCGGCCGUACGGGCAGGGGUACCUUUACCUUUACCUUUAAGGCGCUUUUUAAACAGGCCAGAGCAAAGUCGAAAUAUAAGAAAACGUUCUCUCUCUCUCUCUCUCUCUCUCUCUCUCUGUGUGUGUGUGUGUGUUUUAAGCUCAUGUUACUGGGAAGCAGUGAGACAGGAUGGUUUUUUGAAACACAUUAACAACAACAACUUAUUACUUACACCCCGCUCACCUGUCCGGGCCUCCCCAGCCACUCUGGGCAGCUCCCAAUAAGAUAUUAAAAACAUGAUAAAACAUCAAACAUAAAAAAAUUCCCUAAACAGGGCUGCCUUCAGAUGUCUUCUAAAAGUCAGACGGUUGUUUAUUUCCUUGACAGCUGACGGGAGGGUGUUCCACAGGGCGGGCGCCACCACCAAGAAGGCCCUCUGCCUGGUUCGCUGUAACCUCACUUCUCGCAGGGAGGGAACCGCCAGAAGGCCCUCGGGAGGAGGACCCCGGUGUCCGGGGCGGAGACGCUCCUUCAGGGAUACAGGGCCAUUUAGGGCUUUCAAGGUCAGAACCAACCCUUUGAAUUGUGCUCGGAAACGUACUAAACGUAUAAAGCAUUAAUAAAGAAACAGAGUGAAAGAGAGAGUGUUGGUGCUGACCUUUAAAGCCCUAAAUGGCCUGGGUCCUGUAUCCCUGAAGGAGCAUCUCCACCCCCAUCAUUCUGCCCAGACACAGAGGUCCAGCUCCGAGGGCCCUCUGGCGGUUCCCUCCCUGAGAGAAGCGAGGUUACAGAGAACCAGGCAGAGGGCCUUCUUGGUGGUGGUGCCCGCCCUGUGAAACGACCUCCUGUCAGAUGUCAAGGAGAUAAACAACUACAGUGGUACCUCGGUUUACGGUCUUAAUCCGUUCCUGAAGUCUGUUCUUAAACCGAAACCGUUCUUAAACCGUGGUGCGCUUUCCCUAGACUGAGGCAAAGUUUGCAAACUGGGACACUACUUCUGGUUUUGUGGAGUACGUAAACCGAAUAGUUCGUUAACAGGGCUGUUCGUAACCCGAGAUACUGCUGUAUAUGGCUUUUAGAAGACAGCCCUGUAUGUUCUUUGACCUUGUAUCGUGUUUUUAAUAUUCCAUUGGGAGCUGUCCAGUGUGGCUGGGGCAACACAGACAGAUGGGUGGCAGAUAAUUAAAUUGUUGUUGUUGUUGUUGAUCAUACAAGCUUCUUGCUAGGUUGUUGCUCUCAGUUCCAGCCUGUGAAUGAAGUCGAAUACCUCUGGACAACACAGCAGGGCUGUUGUUAACCACUCAAGAGUGUGAACUGUAUUGCAGGGCUGUUCUUAUAAGCCGCCGCCUCCCAGCCACAGGCCCUUCUGAAUCUGGGGGUGUACCCAGGGUUUGUGUGGGGAUGGGGGCCCCUCCCCCUCAUUCAGCACGUCCUCUGGGGCCCAUAUUAUUUCCCCCAUGGAAUCUGGGAAGACCUUUUCCAUGGAAAAUCCAAUAGCAGUUCUUCCAGAUGAGGACUGUAAACUCAAUUAGCACUAGUGGGUCAGGGGGCUCCCACCCCCAGGAAAGGAGUAAAUCGGGAUGGUUUUGAAUUGUUUUCAUUUAUGAAAUCGUUUUCUAUAAGGCGUGCCAUUCUUGUUGAAGUGGUUUUAUGUUGUUGCUUAAUUGCUGAGCGAUGUUUCAUACGAAAUGGAAGGAAAAUAAAUGCAUAAAUAAAUAGGUUGUGUGAGAGAGAGAUUUGCAUGCCAAUGGCUGUUGAAAAAAUGACCUUGCAUGGGGAGCAUUCAUCCCAUAAUAACCCCUCUCUGCUAAAAACAAAACAAAACACCACGCUGUUUUCUUGGCUCUGUACACCCGGGAAAGGCACCCUGAACGUGCUCAGAGGCACCAGCAACGCGCGCAGUCAGCGGGGGAACCGGAUUAGCAGCGGGUCCGCUUUGUUGCUCCGCAUCCACCGAUCUAGAACAAACGGGCCACCGGCUUCAAGAGCACCCACGGGGGGGUCUGCCCGCCACCCAGACUAUUGGCGAGGGGGGAGCCGCCCAAAGAGGUGCCGGGGCUCAGGCGCGCACGACGACCCGCGAAUGCCUUUACGCGCAGAGCGCGCAAGGAGCCAGCUGGCUAAGCGAGGGGUUCCCCGAGCAUGUGCAGAGCGCCUGGGGGGGCUGUGAGGCUCUGCAGCCGAGCAGGGAAGGUCCGAAGCCGGAGGAGGAGGAGAGGAGGCUCGGCCCCUCUCUCUCUGCGCGCCACCGCUGCUGCUUCUCCUGCGCUGUCCGCCUUCCUUUUAUAGCGGGGCUAAAUUUAGGCCGGCCCGGGGCCGGGCCAAGCGGCAGUUCCAGCCCCCUCCAGGCAGCAGCGCCGGGUCCCUCCGCCGCCUGCCUUCCCGGGACGCGCUUCCUGCGCCCCCGCCAUUGGCCUGCGCGCUCGACGGCGCGGCUUAAAAGGAAGGCGCCGGCCGCGCCGGGCAGACACAUCCAAAAGCCUCCGAGAUCAUGGCGCUCCUGCCCGCGCCUAGCCUGCCCUCCUUCGCCUCCUUCUGCAGGGACAGCAGACCGGCCCACCAAGUAAGUACCUCGCUCGCUCGCCCUCCAGGCUCUCUGCACAUGCUCAGAGGCACCGCGCUGGGCGCUGAAAAGAGGGACUUUGGGGGUGCUGCGGGGACUUCUCCAGGGGUCAGGAAGGGAGUGGGCGAGCCGGCUGCUUUUUUCCGACGGGGCGGGCGGGCGGGAUCCGGGCUCCGCGCGCCCUUCGCUCACGGGCCCGUUUCUCCCCUUCUUGCAGCGCUGGAGCUGCGGACUGCCAGCGGAGAAGCUGCCCUGCGGAGGAGACCUCUGCUGCCCUCCCGGGCCGGGCCUGGACGGGCUAUGCGCGCCGUCGAAGGACGACGAGGACCUCAACCACGUCCUGGACUUGAUUCUCUCCAUGGGCAGCGGCGCAGACGGAGGGUCUUUCGGCCCUGACAGCGGCGCGCCCCGCGGGGAUUACGGCGCCGGACGGGAGCCCUUCUACGAGCUCAGCCCUUCGCCCGACGGCUGCAGCGGCGGCGGCGGCUACGAGCCGAUGGAGCGGGGCAGCCCUCCGCCCUACGGCGCCACCGCUGCCCUCCUGCCCGAACUGGAAGCUGCCCCCUAUGUUUCUUUCCCGGGGGCCAACGGUGGUUUCAUCCAGGGCCGCUUCUUCCUCACGUCGGCGUUCGCGGAGGGCCCCAAGCCGGAGAUGUCGUGGCCCCAAUCCUGCGCGCAGAUCAAGCAGGAGGGCGCAACCCCUACGCCCUGCAUGCUGGCUGCGUCUCCGCCGCUCCCGGGGGCAGAGACCCCUCCGCUCAGCCCCGACGACCUCUUGGCAGCCGCAGCCGCCGCCGAGUGCCAAGCCCCCCUCGGGCGCCACGCGCAGCCCCCCUACCCGGCGCCCUUCGCCCAUCCUCUCCACUACCGCCAGCACCCAUCGCAGCAGCAACAGAGCGCGCCGCCCGCCUUCGCCUUCUUCGACGACAGCUUGCCUUGCCCGGCCUCUGCCCCGAGGGGGCUCCUCACGCCUCCGUCGUCGCCGCUGGAGCUGCUGGAAGCCAAGCCCAAGCGCGGACGCCGCUCCUGGCCGCGCAAACGGACUGCUACCCACACCUGCACCUACGCCGGCUGCGGAAAGACUUACACCAAAAGCUCCCACCUGAAGGCUCACCUGCGCACUCACACAGGUAAGCGCAGGCUUUGCGCGCGCCAGGUGGCGCUAAGGACCCCACCAGAGAGGUCUGGACCAGAGAGUCCAACCCCCUCGCCUCCACCUGAGGGUCUGGACAGGCCACCUAGCAACUCCCCCCCCCCCCAAAAAAUCUUUAUUGGUUUUCUUUUUUACAAAUCAGUGAAACAAAUUAAAACAAAUUUAACACGCGAUUCCCACGCCCCCCUGCUGUAGCAACCUGUAUGCCCUGGAUCGGGGUGCCAAUUUGAAUUUUUAAAAUGGGGGGGGGGUUCCCCGGGUAAGCCCCGCCCCACAUAAUCGAUCACAUGGCACUACACACAACUGGAAUGGCAAUGCCCAUUUUUAUAUAUAUAUAUAUAAUAUUUUUUUGGGGGGGCUCUAAUAUUUUAUUGUGGGGGGAGGAGACCUUUCGGCCCCUACGCGCUGGAUACUUUUCAAUUGCGUUCCGUUAUUUGCUGCUUUUGCUUCUAACCUCUUGCAUUCCGAUGCGAACUCCGCAGAAUCACAAAAAAAACGCAAAGUUGAGCAAGCAAUAAAUAAUACAAUUGAAAACCCAGUGCAAAUAUUGAGGGGCGCAGGGUGGAGUUUGUGGACCACCGCAGUUCGGGAGCCCCUGGUGGAGGCGAAGCUGAGGUGCAUGGAGGGAAAAGCAGAUUUUUUUUCUUUCUUUCUGCGUCCGUUAAGUCUUCCAAAACAGCAGAGAAAGAGGCUUCCUGUAGCCUGGCCCCAGUUCUCUGAAAAUCUGGCAGGCGGGCGUUGGCUGUUGCUAAAACCACCGUCGAUGCCACCACUAAAACUCUCUAACCAGAGAGCUGUGGGCUCUCCAGAUUGGCUGGCCGACCCACCUCGCCUUGUGGCAUUGGGGUGUUUGUGUGUGUGUGUGGGGGGGGGGACAUCGGUGCCCUUGCCGGUGCUGGUCCUCUAGGUCUGUGACCAUUGGUCAUGCUGGCUGGGAGUGCAGCAACAUCCCGGCGUGAAAUUGCGCACAGUGGCUCAUGAGAGCUUGGCAACGCUUAAGGUGGGGCUGAGCGCUGGGGGGCUCUGGGCUUGGGGGCGCAGCUGAGAGGCGCUGCCAAUUGACAGAGGCAGGCUGUGUCUUAGGGGGAACAAGGUGCCAGAUGGGCGGCGUAUAAACAUUAUUAUUAUUGCUAUUAUUAUUCGCGCGCAAAGGGCGUCUCCAAGCCCAGCUGUGUUAGAGUCGCGUUUCCCCAACUUGGAUCUCUUUUUCCCCCCGGACUACAACUCCCAUCAUCUGUAGCUAGCGGUCAGGGAUGGUGGGAAUUGUAGUCCGGAAAAAAACACCCAAGUUUGGGGAACGCUGGGUUCAAAUCUUCCCCACCCCCCACUCAGCUUCGAAGCUCACUGGGUGACCUUGGGCUACUGCCUCUCUACAUAACCUGCCUCACAGGGUUGUCGUGGGGAUCAAAUGCUAGAAUCGUAGUUGCGAGGGACCCUCAAAGGUCAUCCAGCCCAACCCGCUGCACUGCAGGAAGAGGGGGAACCAUGCACGUCGCCUCUUUGAGCUCUUUGGUUGCAUUUCUAUCCCGGGUAUUCCUCCAAUCGACACUUACCCCGCUUCCUUCCCUCCACAGGCGAGAAGCCCUACCAUUGCAACUGGGACGGCUGCGGCUGGAAGUUUGCGCGUUCCGACGAGCUGACGCGCCACUACCGCAAACACACCGGGCACCGGCCUUUCCAGUGCCACCUCUGCGACCGCGCCUUCUCUCGCUCCGACCACCUGGCGCUGCACAUGAAGAGGCACAUGUAG